ACAGUUAAUUGGUCAUAUUUAGUAAAAUUCGUUUAAAAUGCAUAUUUUUAAUAAUCACGAUCUGGAGAUGUAAUGUGUUUUUUUAUGUUUUAUUCAUGAAAAUGUCGGACUACAUUGAUAUCAUUCGCAAGCCGGAAACCCAGAACUGGUUUAAGGCGGCCAUGGGUAUGAACAUCACACGUGACUGCCUUCUCGACAUUGUGAAAGAGAUUACUCAUGAACUGUAUCAUACCAUCCGCAAAGAGAUCAAUAGAAAACACGGUAUUCCGGAGAUCAAUGUCUGCAGUCAGUGUCACACUCCAAAUGUUUUGACUUGUGACACCGAUAAUAAAUGCUGCCAUUAUAAAAACGGAAGAUGCGCAUUUCAUGACAUUUAUAAGCCUCGAAAUUGCAGCGCUAAUUUAUGCAAUGAAAUAUGUAAGGAAAUUGUAUGUCGUCACCGAUUUCGCAAUCGUUCAAAACCAAAAAGUUUUCAAGGCCCUACAUGGGUAAACACAGAUGCGUCUAAAUGGUGCGCUGAACCCUGGCAGAUUGCAAAAUGCUAUCUCUCAAAAGACGGAUACAAGGACGUUAAUAAAGAAGAAGAAGCCGACUUCAACGGCAUAGUUAAUAUUAUGUACAACUGUGAAUUCUUUCAAAUGUAUUUCAAGGACGACCUGACACAAAAGGAAAAUGUCUGCAUCAAGGCAAGAGAUGUAAGGCAAGCUGUAUGCCAUUCCUCCACAAUGUCCAUGGCCAGCGACGACAGUGACAGAGCCAUCGACACUCUAGUGGCGCUGUUGCAGAGCCUGAAACAUUUCAACCAUCAGGCUGCGUCGAAGACUGCAGUUGAGAAGCUAAAACAGCUAAAGAAUGGAACGCUAGCAAUAACUACUGAAGAUGUUGCAACCACUUUUCAGCACUUGAAAGACAAUUUGAUUGCACAAAUAAAAGAAGCUCUUGAACAAGAAAGGGAUAAACUUGUCAAAGAAAUGGUGGAUGCUUUAAAUGAAAACAUAAGUAAAGCACUUGAAACAAUACAAAGGAAAGGCGAUGACGUUCUAAAAACUGUACAAACGAAAGAAGUUUACAUACUUGAAACGGUACAAAGGAAAGGAGAGGAUGUACUGAAAACUGUACAAAGUACAGGAGAUGACGUACUUAAAACGGUACAAAGGCAAGGAGAUGAUGUACUUAAAAAAAUACGAAGGAAAGAAAAUGAAGUGCUGAAUAAAAAGAAGAAUGCAACAAGGAACAGCACACUAUCCGAAAUCCAGUCGUGGUUAACCGAACAGUACCGUGAAAGGUGUGUCGCGUCGGUGUCGAUGUUAGAUCCUGACAUAGAUGUACCUUUAGAACGGAUCUACGUUCCCCCGUCCAUCAAGGAACUUAAGAGAGGCCAAGACGACAGACAAGGCGGGAGUAAAACGGACAAGACUUCAACGAUGGAAUCAGACGUGAAUUCCUACAAAGAAUUGCUGAAUCGUGAUGGGAAUCCGUUAAAUACAAUUUAUAUCCAAGGCGAUCCGGGUUGUGGUAAAACGACGUUUUCAACAAAGCUAGUUCUUGAUUGGUGUAAGGCCCAUUCUGACAAUGGUGCCAGUACUAAGAAAAAAAGGAAAGCCACAACCAGAGGAAAGGCGUCAAACCGAACAGGUUUCAGCGAUCUUGACACUUUGCGAGACUACACAUUUCUGUUUUUUGUGUCAUUACGUGAUUACAGUGGAACCAUGUGUAACGUCAGUCAGAUGGUCGAGGAAGCCAUAAAAAGCAACAAACUACCUUGGGAUGACAGUGUCUGGGAACAUAAAUGUAUUGUUCUGACAGACGCUGCAGACGAAUGGUGCCAUCCUGAAAUACCCUUCCCACCGCCAUGUGACUCUGCGUGCAAAGACCGAGGUAUGCCACUGUAUUUAAAGCGAAGAAACAUUACCAACAUUAUAACCGCACGACCAUGGAAACUUGCAAAUCUAAGCAUGAGCGAUACGUUGACGCGUAUUUUCGAAAUUUCCGGCGUUACAAACUACGAAACCUUGGCGAAAAAUGUAAUUAAAGUUUUAACUGAGAAGGGCGGUAUUUCUGAUCAACAAUGCAAAUGUAUUGAUUUCUUGGAGAAAAUAAAGGUAAAAAGCUUGCACAAUCUCAUCACAAUACCAGCUGUUUGUGUGCAGUUAGUUCAUCAGUUUUACGUUGGGCGAUUGAUGGAAGGUUCACUAUGUGCUAUAUACAUUAAUAUGCUAGAUAUGCACAUAGCCAAGGGAUUGCAAAAACUUCAAAUUAAAGAAUUUGACACUGAAGAAACUUGUUUUGAGGAAAUUACACAAAUAUUUGGUACAGAAACAACUGAGUAUCUGCGGGGAAAUUGGUCGCUGGUUCGCUCUGCAAGUGUACUUGCAUUUAAAACACUAACAGACUCUAAUAAAGAAUCUUCUCUAGUAUUUUCGGAAAACACAAUCACAAACCACAUGACGAAAACAAAACUUGAUUACUUACUUCAGACAGGGAUUAUCACAAAGAAAAAAGCGUUGGCGCUUAGCUCGCGAAAGAAUGUUCCAUACAUGUUUGUACACAAAACAAUUCAAGAGUUUCUAGCGUCGUUGUAUAUUGCAAUGAAUCAGACGGACAUUGAAGACAUCCUGAACGUCAUACAGUCGGUGUAUUGUGAUGCUGAUUCUAUUCUGGAUAUUGGCCAGUUAUUUAUCUUCACGUGUGGAAUGUGUGCUCCAGCGGCUGAAAGAAUGUCACAGCACAUCAUGGAUGUCAUAACACGCGACUUUGAAAACAAGCUGCAUUCUAUAUCAGAUCUAAAUUCGACGACUUAUUUUGCACAACAAAUUAUAUUGGAUGGCUUUUUUGAAAGGGUGGCGAAUAAACAGCCGUGCUUAGAAAAAGUGACGCUCAGUCAUGUUAAUUUUGAAAUGAGAAGAUUAAGGAAAACGAUGCUUUAAAGACGUUACUCGAUAUGAACAUAGCAAACAUCAAUUGAUACAGGAUUUUUUUACUCAGCUCAACAGGAAUCAUCAUAUUGUGUACAUAUGGUGUACAGGAAAUUAUUUCGCAAUCAAGAGAAACAUUGUCGUAUAUGCGGCAUAUGGGCAAGGGUCCACUUGACUUACAGGAUCUAAAACUCAAGUACUUAAAGUGUUUUGGAAUCAAUUGUGAUAUAAGUAAUUUAGACUGCACCUAUAUGCACGUGUGUGAAAUAUUUGCAUUAACACUUUAAUCAGUUGAGCGCAUCUUUCAAUCGAUGUCUGUCACUGGUAAAAAUAUUAGACGUCUAAAGCUGAGGUCUAUUGCAGUACCAAUUGAUCUUCUCUGUUCAACUCUUCCAAACCUGACAACUCUACACACACCAAUAUUAGAACAUACAAACAUUUCGGAUACACAGCUCUACUACCUUCCCAAAUCGAUCAGAAAGGUAGUUUAUACUCUCUUUAGUGUUUCCGGUCAAGAUGUAAAGGCGAUGGUGCAAUGGUCAAAGUCACCGGACGCGUGUGUGUCUUGCGAAUUGGAGUCCCUUGCAUAUGAUGAAGAUGAGACGGCUAUUUUUCAAUGGAUGCAGCAGCAGGACAGCAUUGAUAUUUUGCGAUGUGAAUUGAGAGAUCAUCUCUAUAUUUCUUGGAGCACCAUUUUAUCUAAGUGACAGUUAUCAAACAAGUUGUCACAGAUUCAAGACGAUAAGAACAAUCAGAGAACGACAUAACACUUAGGACGUUGACAACAUUGAACAUUUAAAUUCGAUUCAUAAUUCGAAAUUGAUUAAACUAUACGGGAUAUAAAUUCGAAAACAAGAAACAUUUUGAUGUGUUUUUCCCUUUUUUGUUCUUAAAACGCUAUGCCGACGCGCAAUUAGCUAAUAUAAAUUACUAAAUGAUUCACGCAAGCGUAAACCUGUAAACACUUUAAUGUUAAAUAUUGAGCUUUCACUAUAGCGUGUAUUUAUUAUCAUUUUGUAUACAACUUCAUGCUGUACAUACUAUUUGAAAAUCGAGUGAAUUGUGUACGAGUUCGUGUAUGGUCCGUGGUGGUUUGUAUCUCACGGAACACGGAUUCAUGCUAUUGAACUCGUCCUUCGAGAGUUUAAAUAUACGCCACGGACAUAUGUUACUACAAGUAUGUUUUAUAUAUUAUGUUAACAAGUCUUAAAGUAACCUAUUCCGUGUGACAAUAUAAUGUGCUGUUUUGUGAAAUAUAUGCAAUAUGUUUCAUUGUAAACACUCCGUUAGAUGUUAACGACACAUGUACCUGUUAUAUUUGUAAUCAUGUGUCAUUUAUGAAUGCAAUGAACUUACUAUACACUUGGAGGAACUUCUAACUAUAAAAUGUGUAAAUAUAAUUGUCUCAUAAACGGCAGAUUAUACCACAGUAAAUGUGAGGUUAAAUCUUGUAUUAUGUCAGGAUUGUAUUUGAACGUGCUCACUCUUUUCAAUAAUCAAUAAAUGCGCGCGGAAAUCGCUGCAGGUGUAAGGACUCACUAUUUUUAUUUAAUUGUACAGAUGUUUUAACUUAUAAUGACAUUUUCCAAAUAAGCAUUGUUUAUUCUUCUCUUCACAGUUUUAGUUAAAUCUGUUUCCAAACAUGAAUCAUAUCUGGUUAGCUCCACUGGCCAAAGGCCAGCGGGGCUUAUGUCAUGGUCCUGUGUCCGUCGUGUGUGCGUCCGUGCGUGCGUCCGUGCGUGCGUGCGUUAACUUUUUCUUUAAACAUCUUCUUGUCCUAAACUACUCGUCCAAAUCUGAUGAAAUUUCUCAGGAAUGUUCCUGUGGUGAACCUCUUUCAAAUUUGUUCAAAUUAUGCCCCUGGGGUCAAAUUUGACCCUGCCCCGGGGGGUCAAAAUAUUGAAAAUUUGCAUAUAUAAGGCCUAUUUUGUGCAAACUUUAUAAAUCUUCUUGUCCAUAACCAUUAUGCCUAGGGCUACCAAAUUUGGUAUGUAUUGACAUCUUAUAGUCCUCUACCAAGUUUGUUCAAAUUAUGCCCCUGGGGUCAAAUUUGACCCUGCCCCGGGGGGUCAAAAAAUUGAAAAUUUGCUUAUAUAAGGCCUAUUUUGUGCAAACUUUAAAAAUCUUCUUGUCCGUAACCAUUGGGCCUAGGGCUACCAAAUUUGCUAUGUAGUGACAUCUUAUAGUCCUCUACCAAGUUUGUUCAAAUUAUGCCCCUGGGGUUAAAUUUUACCCUGCCCCGGGGGGUCAAAACAUUGAAAAUUUGCUUAUAUAAGGCCUAUUUGUGCAAACUUUAAAAAUCUUCUCGUCCAUAACCGUAUGGCAUAGGGCUACAAAAUUUGGUAUGUAGUGACAUCUUAUUGUCCUCUACCAAGUUUGUUCAAAUUAUGCCCCUGGGGUCAAAUUUGACCCUGCCCCGGGGGUUAAAAAAUUGAAAAUUUGCUUAUAUAAGGCCUAUUUUGUGCAAGCUUUAAAAAUCUUCUUGUCCAUAACCAUUGGGCCUAGGGCUACCAAAUUUGGUAUGUAGUGACAUCUUAUAGUCCUCUACCAAGUUUGUUCAAAUUAUGCCCCUGGUGUCAAAUUUGACCCUGCUCCGGGGGGUUAAAAAAUUGAAAAUUUGCUAAUAUAAGGCCUAUUUUGUGCAAACUUUAAAAAUCUUCUUGUCCAUAACCAUUGGGCCUAGGGCUACCAAAUUUUGUAUGUAGUGACAUCUUAUAGUCCUCUAUCAAGUUUGUUCAAAUAAUGCCCCUGGGGUCAAAUUUGACCCUGCCCCGGGGGGUCAAACAAUUGAAAUUUUGCUUAUAUAAGGCCUAUUUUGUGAAAACUUAAAAAAUCUUCUCGUCCAUAACAAUUGGGCCUAGGGCUACCAAAUUUGGUAUGUAGUGACAUCUAAUAGUCCUCUACCAAGUUUGUUCAAAUUAUGCCCCUGGGGUCAAAUUUGACCCUGCCCUGGGGGGUCAAAAGAUCGAAAAUUUGCUUAUAUAAGGCCUAUUUUGUGCAAACUUUAAAAAUCUUCUUGUCCAUAACUGUAUGGCAUAAGGCUACCAAAUUUGGUAUGUAAUGACAUCUUAUAGUCCUUUACCAAGUUUGUUCAAAUUAAGCCCCUGGGAUCAAAUUUGACCGUUCCCCAGGGGUCACAAAAUUGAACAUAUGCUUAUAUUGGGCCCAUUUUGUGCAAACUAUAAAAAUCUUGUCCAUAGCCAUUGGGCCUAUUUCUACCAAAUUUGGUAGGUAGUGACAUCUAAUAGUUCUCUACUUAGUUUGUUCAAAUUAUGCUCCUAGGAACAAAUUUGACCUUGCCCCAGGGGUCACAAAAAUGAACAUAUGCUUAAAUAAGGCCUAUUUUGUGCAAACUUUAAAAAUCUUAUUGUACUUAAUUAUAGAGCCUAGGGCUACUAAAUUUGGUAUGUAGUGAUAUCUAAUAGUCCUCUACCAAAUUUGUUCAAAUUAUUCCCCUGGGCUCAAAUUUGACCCGGCCCCGGGGGUCACAAAACUGAACAUAUGACGUUUACCAGUGGAGAUUACUGCGGCCGUUUGACCAACAACAACAUCAACAUCUUGUAAACAUGAGAUAAAACCCUGUCAUUUAGUGCCAUUUUAGGUCAGAUGGUGACUGCUUACAAAGGCAUUGAAGUAAGAACAUGUUAUGAAUGUUUUUCUUAUAAACUGAAAAAAGUCGGGUUUUAUUUAAAUAUGUCGAAAGUGACCAUAUAUUCGGAUGAAAAUAUUUUGGAUGACAUGUUAAUUUCAUGUCUUUUUUGUAGUGUUAAAACCAGUUUAAUAAUAUAUUAUUGAUUUUAAAAACACAACUUCCAUGAACAUAAUUAUUUCAAGGAAAGUCAAUAUAUGAUACUGCACGGUAAACUCAAACUUUGUAUCCAAGAGAAGGUGUUGAAAUUAAUGAAGUGCAAUGUUCUUAACUAUCGUAUAUGCUGCUUUUUAAUAACUAAUGAUUCAUUGUUCCAUUUGUGAAUAGUGACUGAUCAUGAAUUGUUGAAAUGAUUGUCAAUUGCUCAACAAUCCAUAUAUAUUUCUGACCAUUUUAUAAUUUUCUUAAUGCAAGUUAUGAAUUGAUCUUAGAAGUCAAAUGUAUUACUUAAUUAAAUACAUUUAUAAAUAUAAAGAAAUAAUCUUUAGAUUAUCAUAAUAUUCUCAGGCCUGUUGGUCUUAGGGAUGUGUGGGUUGAAGAGUAAUUUCUCCUUUUAUCACAAUUAUUUCUACCCUACCUGAUCAUUUCCUUCAUAUUCCAUUUUAAUUCAAUUGACGUCUGCAACCUCUUUCAAAUUGGGAAAGUCCAAAAUGUGUUGUUUGGUAAAGGGUUAAGGCAUUUUGAUUCCUAUGGGUCUUGUGAAUCUGUUUCAAAUCAAAUAAGUAGAUUUGAUCUUCAGCAUCUAAAAAUAUGUGAAAUAGAAAGAACGACAAUAUCUUUUGGAGAGAUAAAUGUACCUACGUUAUAAGCAAAGGACCUGUGCAACAAUUCCCAGGCUUUUUUGUCUGUUUAGUUAACACGGUAGUAACUUUUUCCAUAUAUAAAAAUGCUCACCCUUCCAACUUUAUGCGCCCAGUGGGACGAUGGAUAGAAAGAGAAAGUCACAUGCUUGAGUACAUUUCAACCCAUGCGCACUACACGUUUUUUCGCAAAGAAAAAACAGUGGAGCGAUACAGGGCCAUCAUGGCCAUCUUGUUUUUAAUGCGCAUGAUUUGUGUAAUGACAAAUUGUGACGUAUAUAAUACACUUGCGUUUCUUCUCAGUAUACGCUGCUUUCCUAGCAAGUCCUUGAUCCGACUAUGAUUUAAGGAAGUGGUUAAAAUAUAACAUUAAAUAUUUUAAAGGGGCCUUUUCACAGAUUUUGGCAUGAAUUGAAGUUUGUCACUAAAUGCUUUAUAUUGAUAAAGGGAUCUAAAAAGCUCCCGUAAAAAAUCAAGAAUGAAAUUAAAAAGAGAAAUAAAAGUAACCCUCAACAGGGCUCGAAUCACUGACCCCUGGAGUCCUGGAGUAAAAGUUGUUCACUUACACCACUCGGCCAUCCGUGCUCAUACAAUGAGGGGUGUAUUUUAUACUUAAUAUAAACAAUCCUCGAAGUUUCACAAAAUAUAACGACAACAACAUAAUUUUCGCUUUAAAUUGAAUCGAUUAAACUUGCAAAGUUAACUCUG